AUGGAUAAUAAAUGGGCGUUGAUCCCAGAACAAGCUGUUCUCGACCGAUACUACGAUUCAUACGGAUUUCCGUUCGCGAGGGGAUGGGUUCCAGAAUUCAAGGAAAAGCUUUUCAAGUACAACCUCGUACCGUUGACUCCUCCCGAGGACGGAUUCCUUCUUCCAGUCAUACAUCGCUACCCAAACCCAGAUCCUGACUCUUCGGGUGGCAUGAUUCAGACUCCCACAGCCUACCCCUUCCCAUUCAAAGAGUUCCUAACGAUCACCUCCCACAUCCACCCCAACUUUGUCGUCUUCCACCUCGGCCGCACCAUCCAGAGCUUCUAUUAUCGAGGGGAGAAAUUCGUCCAAAGCGUUAUCGCCCCAAAUCCUGUCUUCCGUCGACUCGCCACUGGGGCCCGUAGCCCACAGGAACCUUGUUCACUCAAGGAUGACGACCGUUGA